CUCGUCUUUGUGACACCAUUCUCUGCCUGUCUCCAGUUUGCCCUUUCAUCAGGCGCCUGUGGUUUGAUUGUUGUUAUUAUUUCCUUUUUUGUUUGGAUCUUUUUUUUUAUUCCCCUUUUAUUUUAUUGAAUUUAUCUCACCUCUUUCUCCCCACAUUUUACUAUUGCUGCAGUUUAUUCUCCGGGCCGCACCCUUGACCCAUCGUUCCCUGUAUCCUUCUCCAAGCAGUUGCAGCAGGCCUCGACUCGUCUUCGCUGGGCUUUCUUCUUGAUCGCCGCAACAGCGAUCCAUUGAACCUCAGUUCCAUAUCCCCUUGGUGCUUCCGGCCGGCUCGAAGGCGUCUGGCUGCGUUUCCCAGACCUGUAUUUCCGAUCGCGGAUAAUCUUACCCUCCUGGCUGGUGAUGAUAUCUACCUAGUCUCAUAACGACAGGGCCCUAUUGAAAGUGAAGAACCUCCCCGGCAGCCUUGGCACUACAAUAAUAAACCUUUAUCACUGGGAUGAUCAAUGCUUGGGCACCCAUGAUUUAUUGCACUUGUUUUUGUGUUUCCUUUUUUUCACUUUCUUGAUUCCUAUUUAUCUUUAUUUGUUCUUCACUUCUUCCUUUUUUUUGUAUAUUUCUCUUCUUCCUAUCCUUUUACCCCUUUCUCCUUUUUUCAACCUUCGUUUCUUCCGACGUCCGUGGCGUCUCUUUUUCCUUUCGACAUUCGAGACUGCCGGACAGUCUCAUUCCUUUCUGUUCCUUUUAUUCUUUUCCUCGUUGCCUUCCGCUCUUGAGCGGCUGUGCUUUUUGGAUCGAAAAUGGACGGCAUGAAGGAGCCCAAGCCGCAAUGCGGCGGAAACAAGGAGAAGGGCGAGUAUGACUUGCCACUGCACGUAGCUGCCCUUUUCUUGGUUAUGGCCGCUUCAAUCUUUGGAUGUGGUUUUCCCGUCGUCGCCAAGAAGGUCAAGUGGAUGAAGAUCCCAGCCAAGGUCUUCUUCGCCUGCAAACACUUUGGAACUGGCGUUCUCAUCGCAACAGCAUUCGUCCAUCUCCUCCCCACUGCUUUCCAGAGCUUGAACAACCCAUGCCUUCCCGACUUGUUCACGGAGAACUACCCGCCGAUGCCUGGUGUUAUCAUGAUGGGAUCCAUGUUUGCCCUGUUUGUUGUUGAGAUGUGGAUCAACUCGAAAUUGGGAGGCCAUUCGCACGGUGGUGUGAUGGGUUUCGAGGAACACGACCCUCACGCCCACGCUCACGCCCAUGGCCCCAUGGUCGCCGCAGCACCUCCCCCGCGACCUCCCCGAUACAACGCAUCUGGCUUCGAGGCAGACGACAUUGAAUUCGAGAAGAGGAUGGCACAGCAGAUGUAUGAGCAGGAGGCAAAGAUCAACCCUUUCGCCGACCCCGGUGGCCGCCGUCAGAACCCUAACGAGCCGCCUUAUAUGGGCGACUCGGAGAUGCCUGCAUGGUUUGUCGUCUUUUACGAGCAGUACGUUCGCCAAAGGUUGGAGAUGAUGAACAUGAUCCGAGCAAGCGACCGCACGCAGGGCCAGAACACUCUUCCCGCUCCUAUGGGAGAGAAGGGUGCCAACAACGCGGUUGCGGCUAAGGAUUCUCCUUUCAUUGAUGAGGAGGGCCAGCAAGUCGACCCCGCUGUCUACCGCAAGAUGUCGCUCAACAUCACUAUGCUGGAGGGCGGUAUCCUGUUCCACUCGGUCUUCGUCGGUAUCACCAUCUCCCUGACCAUCGACGGCUUCAUUAUUCUGGUCAUCGCCAUCCUGUUCCACCAGAUGUUCGAGGGUCUCGGUCUUGGUUCCCGUAUCGCUGCCGUCCCAUACCCAAAGAACAGCAUCCGACCUUGGCUCCUGAUUGUUGCUUUCGGCACCACUGCUCCCAUCGGCCAAGCCAUUGGUCUCGCUGUCCGCGAUUCGUACGACCCUGACAGCGCGAUCGGUCUGAUCACAGUGGGUGUCUUCAACGCCAUCUCAUCCGGUCUGCUCAUUUACGCUGCCCUCGUCGAUUUGCUUGCAGAGGACUUCCUGUCAGAAGAGGCCCAGAAAACCCUGACCAAGAGCUUGAGGAUCCAGGCCUUCAGCUGGGUUCUACUUGGAGCUGCUGGCAUGUCGAUCGUCGGCGCCUUUGCUUAAGCAAUUCAAUCUUAAAUGCGCACCGAACAUCCGACUCUAACCGACGAGCAAUCUCAACACCAUCGAGUCGGCCUUGAAGCUCCUGAAGCCCUCAACGCUUGUAUUUUUGUCUGAUCAUAUAACUGUAUGGCCAAGCAAAACUUGUACGAUAGACAGAACGGCUCACCACCGGAUAUAACAUCACUUUAGAAUCUCGCCGAGCCCGAGACACGUUCGUUACGAUUUCAUAGAUCAAUCUCUCGCCAGUCGCCCGUAGUAGCCACGAUACGAUAGCACGGGAACAUUGAUGCAAGGAGUAUAGCCGCUUCGGACAAAGGGCCGAUUCGCGGGAAUGGCUAGCGAGGAACUUACAUUCUUUUAAUUCUUCAUUUCUACCUUGAAAAGAAAACUGCUUGGCUUCCCCUUCAAUUUUCUUCACUCUGUAUAUCAGUUUGCCGCGGGGCAUCUUGGAAGUUUUUCUUUUAUUUCACUUGUUGUUUUUUUUUUCCAGACGAGAUACCCCAGAAUCUUACAGUCGUUAUAUAUACCCACCGAACCUGGGAGCCUGGAAUCUUUGUUUCAACUAUUUUUUGCUGGGUUGGUUUGUUGAAUGAAUCCAUUUGUAUUUGUGCCUUGUCACGUAUGGAUGAAAAGCAUGAGGUUAGUUGGGAAAAAACCAGGGGUGGGAUCAUCAAGUUUGGGUGGACAACUCGAGCCAUGUUUUGUUUGUUUUUAUUUUGGGGAUUUAUCUGUGAUAACCUGUAUUUGGGCCGGUCAAUAUGGGUAUUUAGACUAGAAUUGUUUUGGUUUUUUUUUUCUUCUUUCUUGUGUAAUAUUUUUAUGCACUGGAGCGACCAUCAGCAUAUCUAUAUAGAAG